AUUAUUUUUAUAUUUUUUUGAGGAUAUUCAAAUAGCUUUCUGGUCUUUACUUGGUCAUCCUUAUUUUCUUAACUGGAAAUGGAAGAUGUUAAAGAUCUGAAGCAACACGCUCCGGAGUCCUCUCCUACACCUGUUGUUGUUGUUUCCUCUCCGGACGAGGAUCAAUCACUUAGUGCAACUCAAACCAGCCAAAAUGCGGAUGAAAAAGCAAACUCCGAGAACCAGCAGCUAAACGUGGAUGCUUCGGAGCAUGUAGAAGAGGCUACUCAAAGCUCGUUGUUGGAGAAGAGUGAGACUCAUCCAACAGGAGCUUCUAGUACACCUAUGGUUGAUCAGGAAGACUCGUCUCAAUCUGUACAUAGUCCUAAGCCAUCGGAGCCUCCUAUCGAUAAAAAUUCAACAGCUUUAUCCGAAACUAGUCCAUCCUUUCUAUCAAAUGAAAAACCAAGUGAUUCCAAAGAGGAAGAACAUAUUCAAUCUAAUCAUUCAGGAGAAGAUCAAGCAAGUAAUAAUUCUCCUAGUAGUACCAAAAGUGCUGAUGAUUCGUGUUCUACUUCCCACGUCCAAGAGACGAAACCUGGAAAUAAUAGUCAUGUAGAGUCAUCGGAUAACAUUGACAAGGCUCCCACUCUCAGAAUCAAGAUCCCAGGGCCUACUGCUCAGUCUAAGCAGCCUGAGAACGUUGACGUAAACAGAGUUAAUAUCGAUACUGCAGCACCAAUCCAAUCUGUGAAACAGGCAGUUUCAAAGUUUGGAGGGAUUGUUGACUGGAAGGCUCAUAGACAACAGACAGUAGAGAGACGGAAUCUUAUCGAGCAAGAACUAACAAAAGUGCAAGAGGAGAUCCCAUUGUAUAAGAAACAAUGUCAGGAUGCAGAAGAUGCAAAAGUGUUAGUUUUGAAAGAACUAGAUAGCACUAAGAGACUCAUAGAAGAGUUAAAGCUCAAUCUAGAGAGAGCACAAACAGAAGAGCAACAAGCAAGACAGGAUUCGGAACUUGCCACGCUCAGGGUCGAAGAGAUGGAGCGGGGUAUUGCUGAUGACUCUAGUAUUGCAGCUAAAGCACAGCUUGAAGUUGCCAGAGCUAGGCUUGAAGCUGCAGUUUCAGAGCUAAAAUCUGUUAACUCCGAAUUAGAUGUUCUCCGUAAGGAUUAUGAUUUAUUGGUAUCCGAAAAAGAUGUUGCUGUGGAAAAAGCAGAAGAAGCUGUUUCGGUAUCAAAUGAAGUUGAGAAGACAGUUGAGGAUUUGACUAUUGAGCUCAUUACUUCAAAGGAUGCUUUGGAGGCUGCACAUGCUGCACAUCUAGAGGCCGAGGAACAUAGAGUCGGAGCAGCUAUGGCAAGAGAGCAAGAUACUCUAAACUGGGAGAACGAACUGAAGCAGGCGGAAGAAGAGCUUGAAAGGCUAAACCAUCAAAUUCUGUCUGCAAAGGAUCAUAAAGCAAAAUUAGAUACUGCUUCAUCUUUGUUACAAGAUCUCAACACUGAGUUAGCAGCUUACAUGGAAUCAAAGUUGAAACAGGAGGCUGAUGAAGAAGGGAACAUGAAAGGCGAGCAAUUAGAGACGGAUAAAAGAAGUCAUCAUGAGAUACAGGCAGUUGUGGCAUCAGCUAAGAGGGAACUCGAAGAAGUGAAACUCAACAUUGGGAAAGCAACAGCUGAAGUAGAAUGCCUGAAAGUAGCAGCAGUUGCAUUAAAGGCAGAACUGGAAAAGGAAAAAUCAGAACUAGCUUCCAUACAACAGAGAGAAGGAAUGGCAGCAAUUGCCAUUACAUCUCUUGAAGCUGAGUUGAACCGAACAAAGUCAGAGAUUUCCCUUUUGCAGAUAAAGGAAAAAGAAGCAAGAGAAAAGAUGGUGGAGCUGCCGAAGCAACUGCAAGAGGCAGCACAAGAGGCCGAUCGUGCAAAGUUACUCACUCAAACAGUUCGGGAAGAGCUGAGGAAGGCAAAGGAAGAGGCGGAGCAAGCAAAGGCAGCAUCUAGCACCGUGGAAAGUAGACUGCUUGCAGUAAAAAAAGAGAUAGAGGCUGCAAAAGCUUCAGAGAAGUUGGCCAUAGCGGCUAUCAGUGCUCUACAAGAGAGUGAAUCAACCGAAAGCACAACGGAUGAGACAACUGGAGUAACACUUUCUUUAGAGGAGUAUUAUGAACUUAGCAAGCAGGCCCAUGAGGCAGAGAAACAAGCUAAUACCAGGGUGUCUGCUGCUAUGUCCCAAAUAGAAGUAGCCAAGGAAUCAGAGUUGAGUAGUCUUAACAAGCUCGAGGAGGUUAAUCUUGCGAUGACUGAAAAGAAGGAAGCACUAGAAAUCGCACUGCAAAAGGCCGAGAAAGCCAAAGAAGGAAAAUUGGCAGCAGAGCAAGAGCUGAGGAAAUGGAGAGCGGAGCAUGAGAAAAGACGGAAAUCUGGUAAAUCUGUUACCCCGGUAAACAAAACAAUGAGCUCAAAAACGGGCUUUGAGGAGUAUAAAGAAUCAAAAGCUUCUGAGGCUGCAGUACCUCAUCAAACCUUAAAUCCAAAAGAAAAUGUACAAACAAAGAGUGAAACCGAUUCAUCUCAAGAAGUGAAGGUCACAAAGAAAAAGAAGAAGUCCUUCUUCCCACGCGUCUUAAUGUUUCUGGGCAGAAAGAAAGCACAGGCCAAGGCAAGAUGAUGAUCUCUGCUCCAUUUUUCUUGGUUUGAGAAGGAUUAUAGAGGGCAAUAAGUUUGUCAUAGGUUUGGCUCUGUCAGUAAGCCUUUGCCUAUUAAAGUUGUUGACGGCUUCAAAUGUGUACUCCUGCUAGUUCUGCAUAAAAGCUGGCAGCAAUUCAAAACUUUGGCCUCGUGAAGAUAUGACUUUCCUUGUGUUUCAUGUUCGUAUGGGUUAUAUAAUGCAACAACACAUCAAUUUUCCUAUCACUUGGCAUACCAUUUCAAUGCUAAUCGCCUCACAGUCUGAGUUCUAUGUUCUUUACUAUCCUAAUACUUUUGCUUGUUUUGUAAUAGUUUC